AUGAAGCUGUGCUUCUCUGUGAUGUGUGAUCAGUGGAGCAGCGGGCUCAAGACUUUGCGGCAAUCAGAUGAUGGUUUUUCUCCGUUUCUGCCAGUGCUGUCUCAGUGCUCAUUCCAACCAAAAUCCUCUUGUGCAAAGCGCAGCAGGUCUAUUCGAUCUGGACUUUUGCGUAAAGUUCGGUUCCUGCCAGAGGUCACGAUUUGCGAUGAAGAGUUUACUCAGCAUGUUGUGCUUUUUGAUUUGAAUCAGUUUCAUGGUUGGCCUGGUAAGACUCGGCAGAUUCGAAAGUACACCCGAUCACAUGCUCUGACUUAUCCAUGCAAGGUUUCCAAGAUUUGUAAACUUUUGGACUCCGGCGAUGAGGAACAUCCUCCAAAUGAACAAGUCACAGAGCUCCCCCCUUUUCAAUCGUCCCAGGAACCGCUGUCGAGUUCGGCCGUCUUGAUCCGGGACCAUUUUCCUCAAUGCUUGAAACCUGGCAGUUUGUUUGAGGGUUUUAGUGACCCGAGACCUGCAUUAGGUGAUAUUACCAACCUUCAACGGCUCAAUGCCAAAACUGCUGAUGCAUCUCUCAUUGAUUUGGCUGAAGACGACGAUGUUUCUUUCAUGCAGAAGACGGCUCCAAAAACAUUUGCAUGCAAGCAAUUGCCAUUUCCUGAUGAAGGCAAUCCAAUCCUGGAAGGGGUUGCGCAGGGACAGGCUGAUCCUAUCCCCCUGGAAAGCCAUACACCAUCAAACGAUGCGAUGUCUGAUGGAUAUUCUGCAUCCGUAGCCACGGAUUCUUCCCAGGUUGCUCCACCCAGUUCUGUUGGGGGCAGACAAGAAUCGAUUUUGUAUCACCUUGCUGACCCGCCGAUACGAGUUUUCUUGGACUGGUCGGAUUAUGACACCAUGAUUCAAGAAAUUGCAUUUCAUUUGGGCCGGGAUCCUGUUGAAGUGAUAGAUGCAUAUGAAGUUUUGCCAUAUCCCCACGACACACCAGAAGGUGCCACUCCGAUUAUUGUUCACAUUUUUGACGACAUUGCAGUGGGUCAACCUGCCAAGCUGGUGCUCCUCGACACCGAACUUCAUGGCCACUCCUUUGAAGUCAAUUAUGAGGUUGGAUUGAAUUUGUCGCCAUCUUUGCUUUCAUCAGAUGGUGUCCGAAACCUAGCUCGAGAUGACUCAACUCUGGAAGAUGACGAAGUUUUCCAGGCGUUGCAAGAGAGUCUUGUCCUUACCGCCUUGCCUUUGACUCCAACAUUGGACGAAGGUCACACCCAACAUGAUCAAACUGCUUUAGCACCUGCAGUACACUGUGAUGUAGUCAGUCCGAAGGAAGGUAUUGAUUUGCCAGCCAGCAAUCCAGAGCCGACCUUCUUUGACUUCAAUCCUGAAGCACCAGUUUUUGCUCCCGGGGCUCUCACUGAUGAAUUUGACAAUAUGCAUCUUCACACAAUCGCCACUCAAUGGCUAGCAGCUGCUCAGUCAUGGGACGACUCCGUGCCCUCGGCUCGUUUUAUCACAUGGCGAGUGUCCCCUGCGACUGGGCGUCGAUUUUGCCUUGACAGUAGGGAAGUUGUUCUGUAUGGAGAUAUGGAAAACUGGAGGCGACGUAUUUUACAGACAUGGGCUGAUCAAACUGAUCCCAUGGUUCCAGCUGAUAUCAUUUCAGUUAGUCCACAUCCAUCCAGUUUGGAGCCCGGUGUUGCUGGACACGUCAUUGUUCAACAGCACCCACUUGACACUCAUGCUGCUUCCUUGGUGACCAUCGUUGACCCAGCCGUGAAUCAUGGACUUUUUCGCCGACAGGACCAUGACCCCUUGCCAAUGCAUGCAUUAGAGGAGGAGAGUACCCUCCCACCGGCCUUGCGUGAACUGUGGGAACUGCGACGCACCGAGGCUCUGCAAGAUGGUGAUGACCCUGCCACUCAAUUUCGAGUUGAGACCUGGUUGUGCAUUCGCCGUGGUCAGCGGAUCAACUUGCAAGACUUGCUUGCGCUUCCGGAUGCCUUGCUUCGCCGGCAACUGCAGGAUGCAAUCCAUGGUGAAAUCUACCGUAGGCCCCCAGGACCUGGAUUUCCCAGUGAUGUCAUGGAUGCCAACACAUUGCCGGAAGCAUUGAAUCAAUUUUUUGCUCAUCACUCUGCCACUGAAAUGCUGGAAGAAGGCAGAGUCUACCCAUUCGAUGCAUUUGUCAGCCUGUACUCUGGUGCCAACGUUGUUGUGCGCUACGGUGAGUUUGAUCGGCCAGAGCCCUCCGGGCCCAGUGAUGGCACUAUGAUGUUACAGUUGAAUAGCAAGGUCCGAUCUGUCAGUGGCACUUCUUCCUUGAUGACAACAUUAGUGCCACGCCCCAUUUCCCUCGAACAGGAGCUCUUGGACACUGAAGAGGACAUUGCCAAUAUCCCUCUUUCACUUGGCCAAUUUUUAAGCUCUAGUGCCAUUGCAUGGACUGUUUGUGCCUGGGAAUUACCACAUGGUAACACUGACACUGUGCUUCUGGGCCCUGAUGAAAGCAUUGGUCCUUCAGUUUCAACGACCUUUCGCAGCAAGCAUGACUUCUUGAAACCAGACACCACUGCCCUCAACCUGCGACAAAGCCUUUCUGUUCAACAUGGUACCAAGAUCCGAAGGAAUGGUCAGCUUUUAUCUUCUGAAGUUCACUUGCGACAUGGAGAUGUGGUUGAAUAUCAUGCGGCACCUAGUCAUGUCAGUUUUGAUCUCAAUCGGCAACAUCCCAAAGUGCAACUGUGUUUGGAAGCUUCCAUUCCGACCCCAUCAUGUAGCUUUGACGAGGACCGUGAUGCCACAUUGCUUUUGCAGUGUCCUGAUACACUGCAGAUGCUUCAGGCUGCCAAUGAGUGGCACUUCGUGUUCCUUCCAGCAGGUCUCGACAUGCAUCCUGCCACCUAUGAGGCCUUACAUUUACAACCUGUGGAUGCCACACUGAAGCCUGACAUUCUUGAACUUUAUGUCGAUGGGGCAACCCCUGCCGACACCUCGGCUUGGGCUGUCGUCGCAGUUGCCUUAUCCCCUGCAGGGCGCACCUUUUACGGCUGUGUCUCAGGCAUUACCCAACUAUGCCCUGAACACCCUCAUUGGGUUGGAGCCACACAGCAUGGGAAAUAUUGA